UAGGAGUACUACGAAUUAUUCUUGUUCCAUUAUAAUCCGACCAGUUCCAAAAAGAGAAAAAAAAUGAUCUGGUCUUUGCUACCUUUCUGGGCUGGAGGUGGUACUACAGCGGUUGCUCACAAGAAGCCGAGGAAGUCUCUCCUCGUAGCCCUCACUCUGCUUUUCGCUGCUUUUUUUUCGGUCUGGUGCUAUUUUUGGCGAAAACGAAGGGAAAUAUGGCAACGCAUAGUAGUUUUUGCCUUACGAGAACGAGAAAAAAGCAGAGAGGAUGAUCAACUCCAUCUAGAAACGCGCUUUGGUGGUCGUGCAGCGUGUAAUGUUGUGCCCAGUGUGCCAAAUUUCCGUGAUUUUAGUUGCGCAGAUGCUGCGGACCCAUUAGCGGAAAGAACGAAGUUGAGAACCCGUUCAGGCCAGAGACUGCAGAGCGGACGGAUAUUCCGGUCAUCAAAUUUUAUGGUGUGCUGUUGGGGUAUCAUAAUCAUGUUAGACGAGUACUAUGCGUAGUUUCUGGAAUGAUCAUUUUCCCUACAAGUGUUUUGUUUCUUUUUUAAGACGCUGAAGGCAAGGAUGUACAGCUUACCGCAACACGUCGUACAGUAUGUUGCGUCUUUUACGCUGAAGGAUGUACAGCUUAUCGCAACACGUCGUACAGCGUCUGACACGCCUUACUGUUAUCAUCCGAUCCUGUAUCCAUAUCCAUAGUACCACACCACCUCUCUUCUUCAUGCCCCUACUUCUUCAUACCUCUUAACCUUAAGAGGGAGUUCUUCAUACCUCUAGUGUUCUUCCUAUCUUAAGAGGGAGUUCAACUCCCAACUCCCUCUUAACCUCCUUCUUCAUGCUUGUACACGCCGCAUCUCUCUCCGAAGCCGACUUGAAAAAACUGAAGAGCAAAACUGGUUUCGCGAAGGUGCUAGAUCUGAGGAAUCCGAACGAAAGACGAGAGGAUGGCCCAAAGUGUCGCGAUCUCGUUUUAGAGCUCAAAACAAUUCAUUUCCAGCUGACAUUUUUUUCUGUUUCCCACUUGGGAUUCUAAAGAAAUGAAUCCAAGAAAUGAAUUGUUUUGAGCUCUAAUCGUUGGGGAACGAAAUAAUCUUUACGUUUCAAUCACCCCACUUACACUCCUUUAUGAUCAACUCUCAUUCAUCUCUGUCAGCAUCUUGGUCUACAUGUCUGACUUAUCAUUCUCAUAUUAUUGGAUGGCCUCACAGGUAGACAACAAUAACUACAUAAGUGGAGACUGAUCUUUAGUCAUUCUCUGUCCACAUAGAGGAGAAGGGUAAAGGGGCCAACAUAUGGAGGCCGAGAUGAAUAAAAGCACUGGCUAAGUUGUAGCCUCUUUAGUCGACGUGCCCACGCAGAUAAGGCUGACUCUCAUUGGGACUUUGCGACCCAGCUCAGAAGACAUGGCAAGACUAGCGCAAGAAAUCAUAGUGAAAAAUUGCAACUUGUUGGGUCUUAGGGGUAUUGAACUGAUGUUGAUUACACAAUUUUAGUAGGUUUACAAGACGUACCUAGUAGGAUUUUGGGUAGAAAAAUGAAGAAAAAGUAAGCUAAUACUUCUUAGAAAGGUCGUCCAUUCCUAAUAAGACAUCUCUCUCACCACGGCCAGGUCUGUAUCUGUUAACGCUGGAGUACAAUCAGAAGAUGGUCCUUCGAGUAAUGCAGGUCCUCACGAGAGAGUCAAGUGCUGUGGUAGUGCAGUGCGCCCUAGGCAAAGACGCAAGUGGUCUGAUAAUCGCGCUGCUGAUGGUGGCAUUGGACGUUGCGGAGGAAGACAUCAUCUACAGCUAUCAAAUGUCGUUAUGGAGGUUUUCUUCUUACCACAGUCGUGUUGUCGUCUUCUACUAUUAAACAUGCGGCAUUUGCUGGUCCUUGUAGUAAGAGUAACUAAAGUGCAAUCUUCACUUGUUCAGCAGGAGGGUGAGUGUUUAUGUCUUGAUAAACACUCUACCUAAUCACAAGUUCACUGCAUUUAAUUCCUCUAAUCAGAAACCUCCUCCUACUACCUUAAACGACUCACUACAUUCCUCUAAUCACAAGUUCACUGCUGAACCAGGAGUAUUGUCUACGGAAGCGAGAGGCAAUAAACCGACAGCUAGAUGGCGACUUUUUCACCGGGUCGAGCCCAAAAGUAAUCGAGGCGAUUCUCUUGUUCCUCAAGGAUCAGUACGGCUCCCCCAUGGCCUAUCUCGACAAAAUAGGCUUUACUUCAGUAUGGCGUGCCAGACUGGAGGCAAAGAUGCUGGAAUCGAAAGCGGGAACGUCAAGUUAGUCGAAGAUGGGAUGUGGAGAGAGCUAGAAGAUCUAUAAUUGGAAAGACUCGAGCUUACUUCCUCAAAUCUGUCAAUCAUAAUCAUGGGUCGUGUACUAUGUCGUGUUUGUAAACACGUGAUGAUCAGAGGCAAACGUGAUGGCGCUUCUCACCUCUCACCUUGGAGACGCUUUCAUUUUGCUGCUGUUUUUACUGGGAUCCG